AUGCAUCUGACAGAAAAUAUAUUUAACGGGGGGGGGGGGAAAGCCUUGUAUCCAGCCAAGAAACUUUCUGAAUAUUUCUGGAAGAACAGCAGAUAUUAUGUCUGUGGCCACAGGAUUUGGUGGCUCUCUGUCUGGAGGAAACCCUACUCCUUUGAACAGAAGAUCUCUCUGAAGCAAGGAAAAAACAAGAUUCACAGUUUGUCUCCCUGGAAUAUCUCAUAUGGUAACUUCCAGUCCAAGGUAUUGAACAGUGGUGAUCGAAAAAAUGAGUUCCGGGGUGAGCUGCUGAGUCAAAGGUGGACCCACGGAGAAAAGAUCAGCAGCUGCAAGAGCACAAAAAGCCUACCCGGCAAACUGAGCAAGAUGAGCUUAGAAAAUGACGACAAGAGAGCUCGCACAAGAUCUAAGGCAAUACGAGUGCCCACGGAACUCAUAGGACAGGAGGUGAGUUUACAAAGCUGUCCUCUAGCAAAGAAAAGAAAGCUUCAAGACACGGAGGCGGAGCACCUGGUGUCCAAGAGGAAAUCUCAUCCUCUGAAGCUGGCUCUUGAUGAAGGCUACAAUGUAGAUAGUGAUGGCAGUGAGGAGACAGAGGCGAAGGAGGAUUCUGUCUCCGAUGAAUCGGAAGGAACUUUGGAAGAGGAAGAGCCUGAACCCAUAGAACAGGAGGAGAUUCAUAGCCCGGAGCCAGCUGAAGGAAGGAGCCCUACCAAGUCCCACUACAGACCCAAUGCAUCUAGUGGUCCAACUGGCCCCUCCAAGGCCAAUUACAGCAGCUACCAGGAAAUCAUUGCCACUUCUCUCUUAAACCUGGGCCAAAUCGCAGAAGAAACCCUGGCUAUUGAGGGCCAGCUGCCUGAGAGCCAAGGGCAAGCUGCAAAGUCUGGAGCCAACAUCGUCCACCUGGUUCAAGAGGGCGCCCGUGAGGGGGUAACCGGGGGAGAGGGAGACAAGGAAAUCUUCAUCCAGACAGAAGAUGCUGAGGAAGUCAUUGAGGUCACAGGCGAGAGAGGUGGAGAGCUGUGUCUGGAGCCCCGAGAAGGCCUGGCCAGUCAGGACUCCCGCAAAGCCCAGACUGGGGCACAGGCCACCGAAGAGGAAGAAGACGAUGAGGAAGAGGACGAGGAUGAUGAGGAUGAGGAGGAGGAGGAGGAAGAAGAGGAGGAUGAGGAGGAGGAGGAAGAGAAGCCACCUAAAGUGGUCUGUGAAGAAGUCCCCCAUGCCUCCCAGGAUCCCCCAAAGCCUCACUGCCCCAGCCAGCUCAGCCCUCAGCCUGAGUACUCGGUCAUCGUCGAAGUGCGCUCUGACGGCGACAAGGACGACGAUGCACACUCCCAGAAGUCCGCGGUGACCGACGAGUCAGACAUGUACGACAUGAUGACCCGGGGAAACCUGGGCCUCCUGGAACAGGCCAUCGCGCUAAAAGCGGAGCAAGUGCGGGUAGUCCGGGAGCCCGGCCGGUUGCCAUCUGAAGCAGGGAAACCGCUCCAGGCCGAUGGGAAGCAAAACCGGCCCCUGGACACAGUCCGGAAAAAUUACUACAGCAAAGAUGCUUCAAGAGCUGAAAAGCGUGAGAUCAAAUGCCCCACUCCAGGUUGUGAUGGAACUGGUCAUGUCACAGGAUUGUACCCUCAUCAUCGUAGUCUGUCUGGCUGCCCCCACAAGGACAGGAUUCCUCCAGAGAUCUUGGCCAUGCAUGAGAAUGUGUUGAAAUGCCCCACUCCUGGCUGUACAGGGCAAGGUCACGUAAACAGCAACCGGAACACACACAGAAGUUUGUCUGGGUGUCCCAUUGCUGCAGCUGAAAAAUUAGCCAAAUCUCAUGAGAAGCAACAGCCGCAGGCGGGCGAUCCUUCCAAGAGUAGCUCAAAUUCUGAUCGGAUUCUCAGGCCUAUGUGCUUCGUCAAGCAGCUGGAAAUUCCUCAGUAUGGGAGCUACAGACCCAACAUGGUCCCAGCCACACCCAGGGCCAACCUGGCUAAGGAGCUGGAGAAGUACUCCAAGGUCACCUUCGAUUAUGCAAGUUUUGAUGCUCAGGUUUUUGGCAAACGCAUGCUUGCCCCAAAGAUUCAGACUAGCGAAACCUCACCUAAAGCCUUUAAAUCCAAACCUUUUCCAAAGGCCUCUUCCCCCAGGCACAGCCCCUCCGGUAGUUAUGUGAAGAGCACGUCAUCUUCUUCUGCAGGCUUCGACUACUCCCAUGAUGCCGAGGCUGCGCACAUGGCUGCCACUGCCAUCUUAAAUCUCUCCACCCGCUGCUGGGAAAUGCCAGAGAAUCUCAGUACAAAGCAGCAAGAUCUCCCCAGUAAGUCUAUGGACAUUGAGGUGGAUGAAAAUGGGACUCUGGACUUAAGCAUGAACAAACAUCGCAAACGGGAGAAUGCCUUCCCAAGCAGCAGCAGCUGCAGCAGCAGUCCCAGUGUCAAAUCCCCAGAUGUUUCCCAACGCCAAAACAGCACCAGUGCCACUAGCAGCACCAUGACCUCACCCCAGUCCAGUCAGACCUCACGUCAGGAUGAGUGGGAUGGCCCCAUUGACUAUACCAAACCCAGCCGUCAGCGAGAGGAGGAGCCUGAAGAGUCAGAGCCAGCAGCAAAUUCUUUUGCUUCCUCUGAAGCAGAUGACCAGGAGGUAUCAGAGGAGAACUUUGAAGAGCGAAAGUAUCCAGGGGAAGUUACCUUAACCAACUUUAAGCUGAAGUUCCUCUCCAAGGACAUUAAGAAGGAGCUGCUCACCUGUCCCACCCCAGGCUGUGAUGGCAGUGGACACAUCACUGGAAACUAUGCCUCCCAUCGCAGCCUUUCUGGUUGUCCUCUUGCUGACAAGAGCCUCAGAAACCUCAUGGCUGCACACUCUGCUGACCUCAAGUGCCCAACUCCUGGAUGUGAUGGUUCUGGUCACAUAACGGGAAAUUAUGCAUCACAUAGGAGUUUGUCAGGCUGCCCUCGUGCCAAGAAAAGUGGAAUAAAAGUAACACCUACAAAAGAUGAUAAGGAGGACCCAGAGCUGAUGAAGUGUCCUGUUCCAGGCUGUGUUGGCCUUGGACAUAUCAGUGGCAAGUAUGCCUCCCAUCGCAGUGCAUCCGGGUGUCCACUGGCAGCCCGGAGGCAGAAGGAAGGAUCACUUAAUGGUUCAUCAUUUUCCUGGAAAUCACUGAAGAAUGAGGGGCCCACCUGUCCCACUCCUGGCUGUGAUGGCUCAGGUCAUGCCAAUGGGAGCUUCCUCACACACAGAAGUUUGUCAGGCUGUCCCAGAGCAACUUUUGCGGGAAAGAAGGGAAAACUCUCAGGGGAUGAAAUUCUCGGCACAAAGUUUAAGACCAGUGACGUGCUUGAGAACGAUGAAGAAAUCAAACAACUAAAUAAGGAGAUCAGUGAGCUAAAUGAGUCCAACACAGAGAUGGAGGAGGCCAUGGUGAAACUGCAGUCACAGAUAUCCACCAUGGAGAAAAAUCUCAAGAACAUUGAGGAAGAAAACAAGAUCAUAGAGGAACAGAAUGAAGCCUUGUUCCUGGAGCUUUCUGGCCUAAGCCAGGCACUCAUCCAAAGUCUAGCCAACAUCCGCCUUCCACAUAUGGAGCCAAUCAGUGAACAGAAUUUUGAUGCUUAUGUCAACACCCUUACUGACAUGUACACCAACCAAGAGUGCUACCAGAACCCGGAAAACAAGGACCUGCUUGAGAGCAUCAAGCAAGCCGUCAAGGGGAUCCAGGUCUAG